CGUCUCCCUCUUCAGCCUCGAAGUCCAAGCAUCAAGCGUUCUCGCAUAGACUUCUCGUAGCCUCACACAUCAUCCUCGUAUCGUCAGCCGAUCUCAGACAAGAUGGCGCAAUUCCUUGAAAUCGCAAUGCGGAUCCCAGAUACGAUCAAGGGUCUCCGUAAAGAGCGUCUCUCCUCUCUACGUCCCCUCAAUGAAUGCUUCGACUACCAGCGUAUCUCCCGCCCGCAAGAUCUCAAUGAAGCAACACAGCGUAUCACCUAUAACACGCGCCACUUUUCGGCGAAUUACGCAGUGCUGAUGGCCAUUCUCGCAAUCUAUGGUCUCAUCACCUCACCGCUGCUCCUAGUAGCCAUCGUCUUCCUCGUAGGUGGAUUUGCAGCAAUCAAUCGCUUUGCACCAGAACCGAUGCAAGUGGGGGAACACGUAGUCACGCAAAAGUCACUCUAUACUGGACUCUUUGUCAUUGGAAUCCCGUUGCUGUGGAUCGCAAGUCCGAUUGCGUUGCUAUUCUGGCUGAUUGGAAGCUCGGCAAUCCUCGUGCUUGGACAUGCGGCCUUCAUUGAACCGCCCGUCAGCUCCGAGUACACCGGCGUCGAGACGGUCUGAGCUCUCUUGCAACUAGACGUGUAGCGGGGUGGGACAGGAAAGCACGGUGGACCCGGAGGAGAGCGCUAGGCGGGAGAAAGAGAUCAGCCUCUGACUGGCUGGCUGGCUGGCUGGCUGGGGAGAGGUCGGGCGGCAUGCCUGAUCCUUGGGGCUGAAAAAGGAGUAGAAUGUCCAGCAAAGUCGUCCAGGUCAUCUCGCAGAGACGCUCGGAGUGAGCUGGUUGGUAGAGCCAAGCGGCAGUGGAC